UAACCACAACCACAACUACAGAAGCUAACGGUUCCCCAACAGACAUGCCAUUUGAUGACUGUGAAGAAGAGGGUGCCUUUCCCUACCCGAACGACAGACACAAGUUUGUUGUCUGUAAAAGAUUUAGUAAUGGGACCAAAGGGGGCUGGGAGUUGGAUAUUAGAGAGUGUUAUACCGGUCAUUGGAAUGAUACAGUGAAAGACUGUAUGGAGGACUUACCUAAGAGCACAACUCCUUUACCACCGAUUGUCCCCAAACGUGACCACAACGACUACACUAAGAACCCGCACCCCAUUGUCUGUCACUUCAACAGUUGGUCUCACUAUCACAGAGUAGAUCCCUUUAAUGUCGAGAACAUUGACUAUGACUUAUGCACUCAUAUUAACUAUGGUUUCGCCAAACUUAAUGAAACCACUUAUGAAAUACAAAUGUUUGAUGACUGGCUGGACGAACACCUUGAAAAUUAUGAGAGGUUUGUGAACCUAAGGAAGAAGAACCCAAACCUAACGACAAUGAUAUCAAUCGGCGGUUGGAAUGAGGGCUCAGAGAAGUACUCAAAUAUGGUCACCAAUACUGAGAUGAGACACAAGUUUGUCGAAAGUGUUAUUAUAUUUUUAUAUAAAUAUGGUUUUGAUGGCAUAAACCUGGACUGGCAAUACCCGGGUAAUAGAGGUGGUUCGGCUACUGACAAAGAAAAUUAUAUUAAACUAUUGGAAGAAUUUUACGAAGUGUUUGGGACCACCGGACAUCUCUUAACGGUUUCCAUUUCUCCUGAAAAACAUAUCAUUGAUUCAGCAUAUGAUAUGCCAUUACUUGAUAGUCUAGUGGAUUGGGUCAAUAUAAUGACCUACGAUUACCACCGGUUUGAUGGGUACUUGGGACACAACGCACCCAUAUAUAACAGACCCGAUGAGACCGAGGAGUUGUCUGAAGAAUUGAAUAUAGAUUAUAUGACUUCCUCUGUUAACUAUACUAUCAAUUAUUACUUACAACUGGGCCUUAGGAAGGAUAAGAUGGUGAUGGGAGUGCCGUUUUAUGGCAGGGCCUGGACUAUAUUA